UUGAACCUUUUAAUUGUCGCACGUAUUAGGCAAAGGCCAGAAAUUCCGAUUUCAUUAUCUCAAAGUGUAGUGAAACUGACAAUUUGAUAAGAACGAGAUAAGUGUUUCCUUUUAUUAACAAUCUCCUCGUUCAAAUGUGUACAUUGUGUCACUUUUCGUAACGACAAACCUACCAGAAAUAGAGCCACACAAAAUAGUAGCGUAUAAUAUGUGAUUAAUAAAUUAAAAAAAAAAAUCUGUCACCAUGACUAGUGUGAAGAUAACGGUGGUAGGGGAUGGUAUUGUGGGUAAAACCUGCAUGUUAAGUACUUAUACAACUGGGGAAUUCCCUGCGGAAUACGUACCGACAGUGUUUGAGCAUUAUGGACAAAAAAUUACAGUUGAUGAUAUCGAAUAUGAUAUGACUUUAUGGGAUACCGCAGGUCAAGAAGAUUAUGAAAGACUUAGGCCCUUAUCUUACCCCCAUACAAAUUGUUUUCUAGUCUGCUUUUCUGUUGACAAAAAUUUGGCUUCUUACGACAAUGUAUCAUUAAAGUGGGUACCAGAAGUCCGACAUUUUAGUCCAAAUGUUCCAAUUAUAUUAGUAGCGACCAAAGUAGAUUUAAGAAAUGAUCCCAGUCUGGCUUGCUAUUCGCCCGAAGAAGGUAAAAAACUGAAGAGAAAAGUCAGAGCUCAGGGUUACAUGGAGUGUUCAGCCCUAAUGUUUCAAGGCCUUGAAGAAGUCUUUAUUGAAGCUGUCAGGGUAUACAGGAAGAGCAAAAAUAAAACACCAAGGACAAGGCAAUGCCGUAUUUUGUAGAUUUUUUUCUGGUUUGAAUGAUUAGACGUUUUAUAAAAAAGGCUAUUCUUUAGAAAAUGUAAAUAAAUCCAAUGUCAUUCGAAAUAUUUUUGUAUAAUAAUCGAUCUUGUAAAUAGCA